AUGGCAAUGAUCAAUAAAUUCAGGGAGGCCAUGAUAAAAGAAUUUGAGAUGACUGAUCUUGGCUUAAUGUCCUACUUUAUGGGACUUGAAGUUUUUCAAACAGCAGAUGGAAUCUUUGUUUCACAACAAAGAUAUGCAAAGGAGACUCUGAAGCGUUUUAAGAUGAAUGACUGCAAAUCUAUCUUAACUCCUGUUGGGAGCAGAUUAAAGCUUACAAAAGAAGGAACUGGUGAACUUGUGAAGCCAACAGAUUAUAAGUGUUUGGUGGGAAGUUUGCGUUAUUUGACUUCUACUAGAUCAGACAUUGUUUUUUGUGUUGGCUUAAUCAGUCGAUUUAUGGAAUCUCCUAAGCAAUCUCAUUUACAAGCUGCAAAGAGAAUUCUGAGGUAUAUUAGUGAUACGAUUGAUUAUGAAAUUCUAUAUAAUUCUACAUAA